GAUAUACACGUGCCGGAGUUUUGAAGUCAAACGAUUGUUAUCGAGUUCAGAGGUGGAAUAAUUGAAAUGCGGCAAUGCUAAUGAACAAAAUCGGUGGAGGAAGUCAACGGUGGCGCAGUGUUGUCGUUGACAGUGGUUCGUGCAGUCGGGAUCAUGUAUCAAGCAGAUGAUGGCACCAUCAGCUUACAGAAGAACAAGUUCGAAUCAUCGAUCAGUGAACUCAAGAAGAAAACUUUUUUGACUGCGGCUGAUAUAGAGAGCUAUGGCGAUAGUGGAGUGACAAAGGAGUAUGCAUUAGCUCACCGUAGGUCCUUGGAGGACCCCGAGGGGUUCUGGGCGGAGGUAGGGCGUGAGCUGGUCUGGACGAAGCCAUGGGACCGCGUUCUUGACAACACCAAUCCACCAUUCACCAAAUGGUGGGUCGGCGGCGAAAUGUCUGUGUGCUACAAUGCAGUGGACCGACAUGUGCUGGCGGGGCGCGGGGAGCAGCUCGCGCUCGUCCACGACUCACCGCUCACCGAUACCGUACGACGGAUCACCUAUGCUGAACUAUUAGAUCAGGUGUCCAGGCUGGCCGGCAAAUUGCGGUCUCUGGGCGUGGAACGCGGCAGUCGUGUGCUCAUUUAUAUGCCCCUCAUCCCGGAGGCAGUGGUCGCCAUGCUAGCCACCAUUCGAAUCGGAGCCAUUCACUCCGUUGUCUUCGGAGGUUUCGCGGCUCGUGAGCUCAGAACUCGCAUAGAGCAUGCGGAGCCAACGGUCAUCAUAGCCGCCAGCUGCGGCGUUGAGCCUAACAAAAUAGUAAGAUACAAAGAUAUUUUGGACGAGGCGCUAUGCCAGAGCUCGCACCAACCACGCGCCUGCGUUGUGUACCAACGACGACGGGUGCUGGAGUGUUCUUUGGAACCCGGCCGCGAUGUCUGCUGGGAGAGUGCUAUGAGCUCCGAGCCAGCGCCCUGCGUGUCUCUAGAGGCUAAUGAGCCCUUGUAUAUAUUGUAUACUUCAGGUACAACCGAUGACCCUAAAGGCAUUCAGCGGCCUAUCGGCCACGCGGCUACUCUAUGCUGGACGAUGCACGCGGUCUAUGGUCUCAGCAAGGGCGUGUGCUGGACCGCGUCCGAUCUCGGUUGGGUUGUGGGACACUCUUACAUCUGCUAUGGUCCUCUGCUCGCCGGUCUCACUUCGGUGCUGUAUGAAGGAAAGCCUGAUAGGACGCCUGAUCCAGGACAGUAUUUUAGGAUAAUAGAACAGCAUCGUGUGAAUGCGUUAUUUACGAUUCCGACUGCAUUCCGUGUGCUGAAGCGAGUGGACCCCAAUGCUAAGUACUCACGUCGCUACUGCAGCAAAUCUUUGAAGACAAUCUUCAUCGCUGGAGAACAUUGCGAUCAGGAUACUAGGAUAUGGGCUGAGAGGGUCCUGAACGUGCCAGUGCUGAACCACUGGUGGCAGACGGAGACCGGCUCGCCUAUCACCGCCGCCUGCCUCGGCUACGGCGUGCAGUGUGUGCCCCCGCACUCCGCUGGAUAUCCGGUGCCCGGAUAUGAUGUACGUGCUCUGCGCGAGGACGGCACGGAAUGCAACCGCGGUGAGGUGGGCCGAUUGGCACUCAAGUUGCCGCUGCCCCCCGGCUUCGCGUCCACUCUGUGGCAGGCUGAUGACCGCUUUAAGAAGGUCUACUUCGAGACUUAUCCGGGCUACUACGACACGCAAGACGCGGGGUGGGUGAGCGCAGAGGGUGCCGUGUGGGUGGUGGCGCGCGCCGAUGACGUCAUCAACGUGGCCGGCCACAGGUUAUCCACGGCCGCGCUCGAGGACGUCGUUCUCAAGCACGCGCGCGUCGCCGACGCCGUGGUCGUGGGCGCGCCAGAUCCCACCAAGGGAGAUGUCCCGUUGUGCUUGUACGUCAUGAGACCACCGCAAGAUGAUGAGGAGAUGGUAGAAGAAAGUGUAGUAACACAAGAGUUGAUAGCUCUGGUGAGGCACCUGAUCGGACCCAUCGCAGCAUUCCGGAAAGCGGUGGCAGUUCCCGCGCUACCCCGCACCAGGUCCGGCAAGGCACUACGAGGUGCUAUCGCGAAGCUCGCCAGAUCCCAACUGGUUAGGCUGCCAUCGACUAUAGAAGAUGCCUCAGUUUUUAAGGAGAUCAAGACAGCUUUGCAGAAAUUUGGUUACGCGAUCGACGCGCCUGAUCCCGAAAUUAGUACUUAAUGGAUUGUGAGGUGUAAAAAAGAUUGCUUUAUUAUUUUAAAGGCUAAACCUUUUUUACACCGAAAUAGAAGUGACGUCAUCGGAUUAAGGUCUCGUGCCACUGUGCAUGAUUUGUAAAAAGUAUUGGUAAUAUUUCUGCUUGGUCUGGGCAUUAACGUUAUGUUUUAAGUCGUGUCUUGGAAAAAUUGUAUAAGCCUACAAAAAAAUUGGAUCUAAAAAAAC